GCAAGUCAACCUAACCUCAUGCUCACUCUACUCCGUUGACUUAUACGCGACACCAGGGCCAUCACAGCCAGGUCACGUCCUCCUUUGCCUCAUCUUCUCUUUACCAAAUAAUCGUAUCGAGUCUUAUCUACUCGAACAACGAAACCCCCCACUUCACACGACCCGCGCGCCGCAGCAUCAUGGCCCAGCCGCCGCCCACGGCUUCCGGCGCCGACCGCAUCCGCUCACUCACAGACCAAGACGCCAUCUUCCAGGCCUUUGACUCCUAUCCCUGGAGCAAGGAUAAGGCCUUCCUGGUAUGUGUCCCGGCAAUCCUCCAGACUUGCGCGCUCUCCCCCUCUCUUACCGUCCGUUUGGACUCAUGCCGACGGCGGCUGCUGCUGCUGCUGGUCUUGCUGCCACCAUGAACUCUCAUCAUCAUCAUCAUCAUCAUCAUCAACAUCACCGUCACCGUCAAUCCCUCCCAACCCGCUGGCUGACACAUCCCCUCGCCACCCUCUUCCCCUUCCCACAGGCCGGCCUCUCCGCCAUCCUCGGCGAGCCCAGUUCCUCGCCGGCCCCAAACCCGCAGGGUUCCCCCGCGGACAUCGCCACGCACGCCCGCGUCUUCUACUACGCCCAGCGCAUCGGCGUCCAGAUCGACUUCGCCCAGUACCAGCGGUGGCUCGCCGACCACCCCGACCACCAGCCGCCGCACGUCGUGCCCCCAGGGUACCUCUCCUCGCAGCAGGACUCGGCGGAUUCCGCCGCAGCGGGAGAGACGACGACGAGCCCCGCGUCGCCGCCCCCGACCCUCUCCUGGCAGCAGGCCGCCCCCAAGGCCGACCUCUACGUCGAUCGCAGCGCUGUUCCCGCUUCCCAGUCGGCUCCCGGCGGUGCGGGCGAGCCAAACUACCCAAUGGGCUUUGCCGAGAUGCUCAAGCUCCUGCAGGAAGGGAAACCGAUUCCGGGGAUCAGGCAGAUUCCCAACACCCUUGCUAGAGAUCCGGGAGUGAAACCCGUCGGCUCACGAGCCGCCCCAAAGAAGCCCUGGGAGAGAGACGAAGUCAUCGCUCCCCCAGACAUGGACCUUCCCCAUUCACUCGACACAGAGUUUCCGCCGCUGGAGAGUGACACUCCGGAGGCCCAAACCGAGGCAGUCGCUUCAUGAUAAUCUUUCAGCAUACAUACCCCUCCAAGUCAAGACAGCAAGGGAUGCUGCAUUACAGGCGUUGGGACUUCGCAGCAUAUCACCGACUCAAUAGCUUUUUGUCUACCAAACGUUGUCAAUGAAAGCUACAAGACUCUUGCUUGUGGC